AUGGCAAGUGGCACACGCUCUAAAGCGGACUCUGACAUGAAACAAAAAAUAGCUGAACUCAGAGAACUCGCGGCCGUCAUAUAUGACGAUGAGGCAAAGCAGAAAGAAUAUGUGAGGGCAGAAUUGGAGAAGGAGAAGAAAAGGGAACAUGAAAUAGCUAUGGAAAGAGAGAAAAGGGAAGCUGAACGAGAAGACUACGCAGCCCUCAAACAGGCGCUACUCGUCCAAUUCGAGCUGACUGCCGAGGCUUACCAAAAGAAAUUCAGGACAUCCCGCCUAGAGCGCCGAGAGACCUACGGUAAUCUCUGCGACAGGUUGGACAAAUACCUGAAGAGGUGGCACACUCUUAGCGAACUGCCAGAGACCUUGGACGGCCUAAUGAGCCUCAUACUCGCAGAGCAGUUGCUAGAGUGCCUGCCGAACGAAGUCAAAAUCUUUGUAAGGGAGCAGCAAGCCGCUACACCAGCCGACAUAGCUUCAGCUGCAGACCGGUACGCGACCGCCCGCAAACAUAUUAAAGACAUCAAAAGCAAGACCUCAGCCUCGGACAAACCAGAGGACCAGCCCACUUCUUCCAACAAACAUGCUCCUUCUAGCCAACCCUCUCCUUGCACUAAACCUCAUCACCAAAAAGCACCAAUCCAACGACCAGCCACGCCUACUAGCUACGACAGACGAAGCCACCCGCCUCGACAUGGCCAGACCAAUAACCAUCACCGUGACCGGAACAGCACGAGUGAUCACAGGCCCAAUCGACAGCAGCAGGCUCCACGUACUGUGUCAGCCAUGACUGAGCUCCCCGAACCCUCUUUGCAUAAUCAGCCAUCGCCUCUUGUUGAGGAAGAGGAGGACUAUUACGUCAUAUCAGCGCUGACCGUGGCCCCUGAACACACUGCUUGUGGCCUUACCCAACCGAUACCGCCUCACCCCACCGUAUCACCUCCUGGGGUAGAGACUAUUCUGAUUAACGGAUCUCCUGUCCAGGCACUAUUCGAUUCCGGAUGUGAGGUGAGCUCUGUCAUCAGCAAAGCACUGGUCGACCCAUCGGAUCUCACUGGUGGAUCAGUGACGGUCCAAUCUCUAGACCGUGGCAUUCCUCCGAAGGUGUAUCCUAUCGCUCGGGUCCACGUAGAAUGCAAGUACGUACAUGGCACCAUUGAUGCAGUAGUCAUGGACUCGCCAGUGUACGACUUCGUUCUAGGCUCCAGGUACAUACCUCUAGGAGUUGUCAAUAAACCAUACUUCUCUCUGCCUGUCGGUAGAAUGACAAGGCAGAAAGGUGGCAGCAACCAGCCGGUUGGAAGCCCUGGUCGCCACUCUAACAAACCCUUUACUGGCUCCUCAGCCAAGCUCAAGCCGCUCCACCCAGGCACUGACACUGCCAGGAAGUCACGAGGUAAGCGAAAUACCUACACUCGUGAGAGUUCUUGUAACUCCCGCUCUUCAGCUAUCAAACCACUAAUGCCUGGCACUGAUCCUGCCAGGAAGGCACAGAGGAAAGUGAACUUUCACUCUCGCGAAAGUGGGCCUCAUCACGGCUCCACCCACACUAUAAGGCCACUCUUCCCUGACAUUGACCGUGUCUGGAAAAUUAGAGGUAAGCCGAUCAAUCGCACUCACGAAGAAACGCCUCACUAUGGCUUUAGAGAUAAGCCCCGUCCAACGUACGCGCAUUGGGCACUCCGCCAUAACACUUAUCCCACUGACUGGUCUGCCCCAAGAAGGAGAUGUACCCAAUCCUAUCAACCCGGCCUAUUUCCCCAGGUUUCCAGAAUUGCCCCUUCCACGUGGCAAUCCGCCUGCGGACAGAACAUAGGCGACAGCGGACCCUUAGGACGGACACCCCUCUGGACCUUGGCAACUUCUUAACUACUGGGAAAAUUUUCUUAAAUGCUACGACCGACAGUAGACGAAACUUGAGUGAUAUCAACGUUAGCACUUUAUAGAUCUUUUAACAAAGACCUAUCUUACGCAGGGAGGGUUGUGACGAACCGUUUUAGCUCACUCAAGAUAUCACUCAGGUCUAAGCAUUUAAUUAAUUUAUUUACUCGCUAUUAAUCAUCAAUUUUAUUAAUUUAGCCAAUCAAGCGCUAAAAAACACAGCCACCACCCCUCCAAUCCAACCCCACCCCCUUUGGCAGCGAUGUCACAUUUUACUAUCCCCACCUUGACACGUGCCACACUAGACUCUUGACAAGAGUACGCUCCCCUUUUCCUAUCUUGGCAAACAUCCGUUGACCCCCCCCCUCUUCCGGGAGCGGCUGGUCACUUCAAAGUGCCCAUUCAACCCAACGCCUCGGGCAACGCUGUUCGUCUAGCACUAGCCAUUAUCAAGGUAUAAUCUCCCCUUCAUAAUCCACCUGACCACCUGGGCUGAUUUCCUGGGCUUUCAACUCGCGCCUUCGCGCAAUGUCUAUCUCCCGGAAACUCUCGUCACGGUCAAGCGUGGACCCCCUUUGUCAAAGACGUCAAAUAGUCUAGACCACCUUUGCACCUAUCUCCCGCCACUCACCCCCCCCCCCCUUGGCUAUCCACGUGUAUAUGGACAAACUUCAUCGUCCGAUCUCAUUCACGCUGGAGAGCCCACAGGGAGCACAUCUAUCUCUUGCUUGAGCUCUAGACUAUUUUCAUUCCCUUAUUUCACUUUGGAUUGGUGCUUUUAUCUAUAGGCUACACCCGCCUGAAAUCUUAGCAACCUAAAGCUGAUAGCAGAUUUGCUGGCACCAGAUCUGUAGACAUCAGACCUACUCAUCCUUCAAGAGUCCAAGUAACAACGCUAGCCACAGACUCGUCACUGGCUUAACUGAUUGGUAGACGCAGCUCAGCUCUGCAACCAUACAAGUUGGACUGCACACGGAGCCUGGAUCCACUACGCCAGCCCACCAGCAGACAGCAUCAGUAUCAGCCACACCAGUCUCACCAGUGCAGCACCGGACCAAAAGCUAAGCAACCAGCCUAAUGACACUCAGACCACUUGGUUCUAAUAUCUGAUGAUGAUAGUCUCCUAAUGUAAAUACGCUAGAUCCCAUUCUAGCAUCUGUACAGCAUUUUACCUUUUAAUUAUCCUUUGUAUAAUAAACUGUACAUAAUUUUACAUCUAAAUAUAGCAUUUGUUGCCUGCAUUAUAACGCUGUGCUUGUAGUUUAUAUGUGCAAGUAAGGAUUCUCAAACUAUAAAAUCCCCUAGACACCCAAAACGGCCAAUACUUUAAUCCGACU